AUGCAAGAGGUGACGUACUAUCGAUUUAGUAAUGACUUCAUAAUUAAAGACUUUGUGCCGAAGAAGACAUUAAAAAUCCUUUCAAAUUUGUACUCAAAAUGUACGCAUGUUGGUGAUUUAAGAACUUUAAAUCUUUUUAUGAACAAAAUUGAUUUUAUAGACGAAUCUGCCUUCGAAGGAUGUCCUAAUCUUGAGAAUAUCGACUUAUCUUACAAUAGAAUAGAAAACAAUCACUUAAUCUAUCGCAUAAUUUGCUAA